AGAGAGAGAGAGAGAGAAAUGUGAACUGUAAACAUAAGGACAGAAUGUAGUUGAAUGCGGAAGAGUUUUCAGCAGAAAGAUUUGAUGAGAACAGAAGAUUUCAUCAUAAUGGAAACCCCCGACAUGUCCUCACUGAAAAUAUCUCGGCCGGAGCUGAUUGAUUUUGAGGGCAUUUCUAUGGUCAAUUUAUUCACUGACAACUGGGAAAAUGUGAAGAACUUCCAGGCGAGACCAGAUGACAUCCUAAUCGCCACUUACCCUAAAGCAGGUACCACCUGGGUUUCUUAUAUAUUGGACCUUCUGUAUUUUGGUAAUGAUCCAGAUCACCAGACUUCACAGCCAAUUUACAUAAGGGUGCCAUUCCUAGAGACAUGCUUUCAAGUUAUUCCAACAGGGACAGAACUUGCUAAUAAUCUGAAAACUUCUCCUCGCCUCAUCAAAACUCACCUACCUGUUCAGCUGGUGCCUAAGUCCUUCUGGGAACAAAACUCAAGGGUUGUGUAUGUAGCUCGUAAUGCGAAGGACAAUGCAGUUUCCUAUUUUCAUUUUGAACGAAUGAACAUGGUACAUCCUGAACCGGGUGAUUGGAACCACUACUUACAGAAGUUCAUGGAAGGAAAAAAUGUGUUUGGUCCAUGGUAUGACCAUGUCAGUGGAUGGUGGGAGAAGAAACAGACAUAUUCUAACUUAUUGUACUUGUUCUAUGAGGAUUUGGUUGAAGACACAGGACGUGAGGUGGACCGUUUGUGCUCUUUUCUGGGAUUAUCAACUUCGGCUGAGGAGAGAGAGAAAAUAACAAAAGGAGUUCAUUUUGAUGUCAUGAAAAACAACAAGAUGACCAAUUAUUCUACAAUCCCAGUCAUGGACUUCAAGAUCUCACCCUUCAUGAGGAAAGGUAAAGUUGGAGACUGGAAAACUCACUUUACUGUGGCACAAAAUGAAGAGUUUGAUGAGGUCUACAAACAAAAAAUGAAGAACACCACUGUCAAGUUUAGGACAGAACUUUAAUGCUUGCUGAACAUAGCCCAAGAAUAUUCACUAAAUUUGGCUCGUUUGUCUGACUAAAGACAAAUUUUGUCUCUGUUUGACCUACAGAAUAUUUUAUAUUAAAACACAAUUGUACAGUAUACCAAUGAUAGCAAGUAAGCCAUAGGUUUGUAGGACAGGUGUUCAGAAGAUCAGUGUGAGGAUGAAAUUAAGAAGUGUCCUGAUACAUCAUAUGAAGAUAUGAAGAGCUCUUUUCCAAAACGCUAUAAAUCCAUUUCAAUAGUUUUCAGAAAAGGAAAUUUUUUUACCUAGACCCACAAAUUUUGUGAAUAUUCAAUUUAUUCUUUUAAAAUUGUUUUUUGCUCAGUCUGAACAUGUUGAAUAAUGAUUAUUAAAUCAAACAACAAUAUUGUUGAUUAUAAAUUCAAAGUUAAUUUAUUUUUUUUCAAAACGCUAUAAAUCCAUAAUUUUUUUCCAUAAAUUGAUGUUUUUUCUUUAAAAAACAAAAAUAAGAGAACAUGCACUCUUCAUACUAUAAAUGAAUAAGUAAAUUAUUCAGAAUGUGAUAUACUGUACAUUGGAGCCAGUAUGAAAUAAACAGAAUUACACAUAACUAACUUGCUAUUACUCCCUCCACCAUUUCAGUUUUCUCCUUAGCAGGGCGUUAGGAACCUCUUUUGCUUAACAUAUUUCACAUCUCUCUCUCUCUCUCUCUCGUCUACACACAGUUGUUUUAACCUCACACGCACACACAGCGAGCUCCCCUCGAUCUGCUCUCAAUGACAUACCAUGUAACAACGCGCUCAUAAUGUCCAAUCCAAAAAGCACAAAUGUAAAUAGUUUUUGAUCUGUAUAAUUUAUAAUGUUCAUUUCUGUGCUCCAGGACUCCAAAGACAUGAGACAACUGUUUUACAGAGGAAAAAUGCUUAGCUUUUAUUAUUUUGUGUGUGAUUACAAUAAAUAUAUAAUUGAUUCAAUUUCCGUUUUAUUUUUUUAUUUGUCUUUAUGGU